AUGGCUGGCUUCACUGGCUAUUUACUUGAUCCUUCCUCUCUCACCAUCCUUGCCACCGUAGCAGGAUUGGGCACUAUUGUUUGGUUUGCAGCAGUUGUUAUAUAUCGAAUCAAUUUCCAUCCAUUGGCACAUAUUCCUGGCCCAUUCCUUGCCCGAGCGACGCACUUAUACUCCUUUUAUUUCAAUGGUAUAUUGGAUGGGAAGCUAUACCUUCAAAUCGAUAAGUUGCAUCAAAUAUAUGGUAUGAUUCGUUCCUGGUAUAUAUACAAAUAUGAGAAGUCGAAACCGAGCUUACUGGAGUAUUAUGUAGGCCCUGUGAUCCGGAUAACUCCUGAUGAGAUCCAUUUGAGCAACCCAGAGAACUAUGAUAAGAUAUAUCAUGUCGGGACCCCAUAUAACAAGAGUGCCCCUUUUUACGAUGCAUUCGGCGUGGACAAGGCGACCUUCACAACCGCCGACAAUAAUGUUCACCGAAUGAAGCGAGCGGCCUUCAACCCGUUCUUCUCUCGAAAGCGUGUCCUUGAACUUGAGGGCAUCGUUCAAUCGAAGGCCAAAACUCUAGUGAGGCGCAUAUCGACUGCUCUCAAGACCUGUGGGGGAAUAGAUCUCCAUCACGGGUUUCGAGCAAUCUCAAUCGAUGUCAUUAGUGACUAUGCCUUUGACAAUUGCUACAACUUUCUAGAAAAGGAGGACUUCGGCGCGCCGUUUUUCGACAUGAUCCGAGGUUUUGGCCCGAUGUUUUGGUUUUUCCAGCAGUUCCCCGUUUUGCGGCCUAUCUUGCUUGGAGUACCGCCAUGGGUGGCCCAUUUGACGAGCCCAUCCUUGACACGCAUGUUGCAGUUCCAUCAGAGCAGCCGAGAACAGGUGGUCAGAGUGAAACGUCAGGUGGAGGCCAACGAGAAGCCCGAGCGGACCACUAUUUUUCACCAAUUCUUGAACCCGGAGUUCAUGAAAGAAAUCCCGACAGUUGAACAGCUGAAGGACGAAGCAUACAUUGUUGUUGCUGCUGCUGCUGACACAACAGGAAAUGCCAUGACAAUAGGAUUGUACAAUACCGUUUCAUCACCGAAAAUAUACGCAGCAGUAACCGCUGAACUGCGCGAGGCAUUCCCUGAUCCAAAUGGAGAUAUCGACUUCGUCACCCUGGAGAAAUUGCCGUAUUUUUUAUAUGCACCAAGACAGCAACUAACAGGGUAUAUCAGCUUAUCAUUUGGUGUUGCUGGACGUCUCCCCAGAGUGGUACCAGAAUCCGGUGCCGAGUUUGAUGGGUAUAAAGUACCGGCCGGCACAACCGUGGGCAUGAGUUCAUGGACUAUGCAUCGAAAUCAAGACAUUUUCCCUGACCCUGACAAAUUCGAUCCCUCGCGCUGGCUAGAUCCGAAAGUCAGCGCCGAGCUUGAAAAGUAUCUCGUGGCAUUUAGCAAAGGAUCCCGCGCCUGCGUUGGCAUGCAACUUGCUGCCUGUGAGCUUUAUGUGACUCUCGGCAGCGUGCUGCGCAACUUUCCAGAUUUGACCAUCAAGCCGAAGACAAGGGAAGAGCUGCUGUAUAUGGACUACUUCUCAUCCUAUCACCCGGAAAAGUACAACAAGUUCUACUUCGAACUCCCGAGCAGCAAGGCGGAGGCAUGA